AUGCCCCACUCCGGCGACCUAGUCAAUGAAGUGGAUUUAGAUGGAAAUGUUGUUCAUUUGACUUCCUUAGAUGCACCAAUGGAGACAGCAGAGGAACAUGAAUCAAAGACUACAAAUCAAACUAAUGGUAACCAUUUUAGUGAAAUUGAAUCGUUUAGAGCCUUAGCUGGUGACUCUGAUUCCAACUCCCUGAAGGAGUUUAUACAUAAGCUAAAUUCAAAUGAUGAAGAUGGAGUUAUAGUUACCAAUACCUCCAUUGUUCUUUCUCCAAGUUCUGAUAAAGUUCAUCGAAUAUUCAUGAUUUUUUUUAAAGAGAAACUCAAGUUCUUGGUUACAGACGCAGUAGAUGGACCUGAAUCCUCAUCAAAAUGCAUACUUACAUGUCUGCUUCAGAUCAAGUCUCUUGUGUGUUUGCAACCACCACUCGUGCCUAUUCAUCUUAUAGCACAGGACAGGAUAUUUGUUGGAUACAACAAAUCCAUCAGGAUAUUUGAUAUUCAUCGCCCUGGUAGAGAUUUCCAACAACAUUCAACGAUCCAAGGAAACAAGGAAGGAUAA